AUGAUGAUUCUAACUUGUGCAACAACAGCAGUAUCAUCAUCUCAUGUGACCGCGAUGUUUGCCUUUGGCGACUCACUGACUGAUCCUGGCAACAACAACUACUUGAGCUCAUUGGCGAAGGCCAACUACGUGCCUUAUGGAGUCGAUUUCAACGGAGGGACGCCUUCCGGAAGAUUCUGCAAUGGCAAGACUUUUGUAGACUAUAUUGGAGAGCUGUUGGGGCUUCCUCUUCUGCUGCCUUACACAAGUCCUUUUGCAACCGGGACGAAUGUUGUUCGAGGAGUGAACUAUGCAUCAGCUGCAGGAGGGAUUCUUGAAGAGACGGGGCGACAUCUUGGUGAAAGAUUCAGCUUGUCUGCACAAGUUGUCAACUUCGAGAGCACGUUGAGUGAGCUGCGAAGCCAAAUGGGAGACGAAGAAAUCGUCAAUUAUUUGGCUAAGGCAAUAGUUGUGAUGUCUCUAGGCAGCAAUGACUAUAUAAAUAACUAUAUGCUGCCUUCAUUCUAUUCCAGCAGCUACGUCUACGCUCCUAAAUACUUCGCGGAUCUUCUCAUUAAUAGCUACACAAGGCAGAUUUUGGCGCUGCGCAGGUUAGGCCUCCGGAAAUUUCUGCUGGGAGGCGUUGGACCCCUCGGAUGCAUCCCUAAUCAGCUGGCCGGGGGCACUGCUUCACCAGGAAAGUGCAUUGCUUAUGCAAACAACGUAGCAGCCAUCUUCAACGAGAGACUGAAGUCUCUCGUUGAUGAUCUAAACACCAAGUAUAAUAAUAAUGAUAGUAGAACUAUAUUUGCCUAUGGUAAUACAUUUGGAGCAACUCUUGACAUUCUCGACAAUGCCAACACUUACGGAUUUAAUGUGACAGACAGAGGGUGUUGUGGGAUAGGGAGAAACCGGGGACAGAUAACGUGCCUCCCGUUCUCUGUCCCUUGCGACAACAGAAACAAGCAUAUUUUCUGGGACGCCUUUCAUCCAACAGAAGCGGUGAAUCGGAUUCUGGCUCAACGCGCUUAUUCCGGCUCCCCCUCCGAUUGCCAUCCACUCAAUAUACAGCAGAUGGCUCUUAUCUAA